GCAGGAUUCCUUACUUUCAAAAAAAGUUUUCUAUUUUUAAGCUUAGACAAACAUGCAGUCUGGAGUGGUGGAUAUAUGUUUCAGCAUCUCUAUUUGUGACAAAAACUGCCGUAAAUUUGAGCAGGUUAGGUAUCGGCCAAAUACUCCUUUGGUAUUGAAAGGAAUAUCUCUCAGCAUCCAUGGAGGGGAGAAAAUUGGUGUUGUUGGUCGAACUGGAAGUGGAAAGUCGACUUUGAUCCAAGUGUUCUUUAGGUUGGUAGAACCUUAUGGUGGGAAGAUAAUAAUUGAUGGGGUCGAUAUAUGCAAGCUCGGCCUUCAUGAUCUUAGGUCUCGUUUUGGAAUCAUCCCUCAGGAACCUGUCCUCUUCGAGGGAACUGUUAGAAGCAAUAUAGACCCCCUUGGGUUGUAUUCUGAUGAUGAAAUAUGGAAGAGUCUUGAACGCUGCCAGCUGAAAGAUGUCGUGUCAGCAAAACCUGAAAAACUCGAUGCUUUAGUGGUUGACUCCGGAGAUAACUGGAGUGUGGGACAAAGACAGCUUCUAUGCUUGGGACGAGUCAUGCUGAAACGCAGCAGGGUUUUGUUUAUGGAUGAAGCAACAGCAUCCGUUGAUUCUCAAACCGAUGUCAUCAUUCAGAAAAUCAUCCGUCAGGAAUUCUCAGCUUGCACGAUUAUUACUAUAGCUCACAGAAUACCAACUGUUAUAGACUGCGACAGAGUGUUGGUUAUAGAUGACGGAUGGGCGAAGGAGUUCGAUAGUCCAUCUAGUUUGCUCGAGAGGCCCUCACUAUUCGGGGCAUUGGUUCAGGAGUAUGCCAACAGAUCGUCGGGAUUGUGAUUGCUUUAGCUGCCUACAAUUGCUAGAGGUCAUCAAGGUACCAUAUUGGCUUUAACUUGCUCUGCCAACAUUGGAACACAAAGGGGAAUCUGAUUACUGUACUACAGAAGUUCCCUCCUGUACUCCCCCAGCCCCAACACCCUUUGGCCAAAAUUUUCAUUUUCCCGAUACAUUCUAAUUUGUCAUCAUAUUUACGAGGAAUCUUAUUUGAUCUUGAUGGCGAGAUAUUAUAUUCUAAAAUUUGGAAAUAUCAAAGAUUUUACCCGCAUUUAUGCAUA